AUGGACCGAUGCCCUUCCUACGCCAGCUUCUUUGGCGCCAUGGGAUGCGCCUUCGCUAUCGUCCUCGCAACGUUUGGUGCGGCAUACGGCACAGCCAAGCCCGCCGCUGGCAUCUUCUCAUCUGGAAUCCUCCGUCCUGAGCGCCUCGUACCUAAUACGCUUUCUGCAGUCAUGGCCCAGAUAUUAUCCAUCUACGGCCUAGUCUGCUGUGUCGUCAUGAUACCCAGCAUCAACGAGAAGAUGGCGCUCCACACGGCCUUCUUACAGCUUGGUGGCGGCAUCGCCGUCGGUCUUUGUGCGCUGGCGGCUGGCUUCUCCAUUGGUAUCGUCGGCGACGCAGGAGUCCGCGCCAGCUCCCAACAGCCUCGUUUGUAUAUGGGAAUGGUCCUGAUCCUCAUCUUUUCUGAAGUUUUAGGACUCUACGGUUUUGUCAUUUCGCUUUUGAUGAUUACAAAAUCAAAGUCCGAUGUUACUAAAUGCCUUUAUUAA